AUGUUAGUACCAAAAUUUGUCGAAAAGAAAGAUGAACUACAAAAUAAUCAUCAGCGUAAAUUGAGAAAGAGUAGAAAUGAAAAUAUUUUCACCUUAUUUCAAUCCCCACGAGAAAAAGUUUUAUCUGAAGAUAACAGUUAUCGUGGAAGGUACAAAAUAAAAAAGUUCGUUCCAAAAUAUAUACAGCAACAACAACAAGAACAACGUGCUAGACACCAAAAUCAUCACCAUAAACACUUUGUACGCUUUAAACAUACUGACAGUUACGAAGAUAUUCAAAACGAGGAGGGAGAUGACGACAAUGACUAUGAUGAUGGUGAUAAUGAGAGCAUUGAUGAUGGUGAUUGCAAUAGUGAUAACCCCAGUGGAUGCAAAUAUACUACUGAUGAAUGGGAUACGGGGAAAAAGAAGCCCAUUUCGCCAUCUCAUUAUCAUGAAGAUAUAAAAAAUAUUAUAACAUAUAGAAACACAUCGGAAAGCUGUAUUUUUUAUUUGAGAUUUGGUUCAAGGAGAUUAAUAGGACCCUUUAUAUUUCAUCCACAGAUAAAUCCUGAACAGAAUCAAUUCACGGAUAUAUUCUUACAAACUGGGAAAAUAAAUGCUUUUAAUCCCAAAGAUCUCUUGUACAUGAGGAAUAGACGUGAAAUCCCAGUAAGUAAAGUACAAAUCACUGAUCAAAUCCUUGAUGCUGCCUAUGAUCUAGAGCGUUAUAUACUUGACCAGACUAAAAGAAGUCAGUACUCAAUGAAUCGUCCAUUUGUUGAUCAUAAUCUAACACAAAUAAUCAAUGAUUUAAUUGGCAAUACACAAUUCACUAUUACGGCUACACCAGUUGUACAAAAUGAAUUAUUUGUAAAAAAUUCUGGUGAAAAUUAUAAACAACAAAUGAACAAUCUUUAUCGUAUCCUAGAUAGUCUACGUGAACAAGUCAGUGAAUUAAAGGAAGAAAAUAGAAGUUUACAUGCACAAUUAGAAGUGUAUACAAACUGUAAAAAUAAUGAAAGACAUUGCAUUGAAAGAAAUAAUGAAAGAAUGAAUGAAUCAACAUUUGCAUGGCACGCCAGAUUGAACGCUCUAUUAGACCAAUAUAGAGCUGAAAAUGAAGCUUUAAAGAAACUGGCUCAAUCACCAACGCAGUGUCCACUACAUCCUACUGGUCAAAGAACUCAUUUUAAAAAUCCUUAUAAUGAAGAUUAUCGUGUUAAUGAGUGUCCAAAAUACAGCCUACACAACAGACGAGAUCAAGACUUUAGUCCAUCUAAUCCAGAACAAACUCGUGUAAAAAGAGUUCGUAUCUGCUCUGGUCAACAUUCCUCGAGAUUACCAAGACUGAAUAUUCCUGGUCAGACAGUUAAUAUACCGAUAAAGAAAAUAAAAAAACCUGAGAUACAAGUCAGCAAUAUUCCUAGAAGUACAGCUUAUGCAAAGCAACAUACCAAUAAGCAAACAACAAACAACAAAUCACAUACAGUAACAAAUAUGUCAAAAUAAUUUGUUUG